UCCACCACCCCACCAUAUAAAUAGUCGUCGUCGUGAUUCCUUCUUCCCGAUCCAAAACCCUAGAGGAGCGAAAUCAACGGGGACGCCGCUGCCGCUACUUCCUUCGUUGAGGCGAUCGAGACAUCCACGACAAUGACCUUCAAGCGCAGAAAUGGCGGGCGCAACAAGCACGGACGCGGCCACGUCAACUUCAUCCGCUGCUCCAAUUGCGGAAAAUGUUGCCCCAAGGACAAGGCCAUUAAGAGGUUCAUCGUGAGGAAUAUCGUCGAGCAAGCCGCUGUGAGGGACGUGCAAGAGGCCUGCGUAUACGACGGUUACAUUCUUCCAAAGCUCUAUGCUAAGAUGCAGUACUGUGUCUCCUGUGCCAUCCAUUCUCAUGUCGUUAGGGUCAGAUCCCGAGAGGCAAGGAGGAACCGUGAACCUCCUCAACGUUUCAGGCGCAGGGAUGAUCCAGGGAGGCCGGGGCAACCCCCACGUGCAGCUGGAGCUCCUACCGCCGCCCGCCCGUGAUGUUUCCUUGGUUCCAUGCUUGAUACCUGCUACAAGAUCAGUUGCUUUGUCUUUCAACUCCUUCCUGAAUCUUAAAAUUGUGUUUCGUGAGGGUCAAUUUUGUUUAGUGUUACAUGUGACAAAAAUUGAUUCUAUUCUAUUUCGUCAAAACCUGUUUUAUUGCGUUCAUGAUUCUUGAAGAUCUUGUUGGAUAUUUACUGGCUUUCUAAUAUGAUUUCGUCAUCCGUGUAGGAAUGGCUUGUAGAUUGCUGCGGGUGAAAUUUUGGUUAUGGAUGUUGAAAC